UUGCAUGGAGAGUUGGAUUGUACGCAGCGGAUGCCGGAUUGAGUUGGUGUAGAAACGUGUGGGCGCGUGUUACGUUUUGGUAGUAGAGACGACAGUGGAUGUCGGUGAUGGAGUGGACCUGGACGCAGAGAGAGGUGGACCGGCAGGCGUUGAUUGGUCAGCUACGUACGCAGUCACUAGGGAGUGUGAUUGGACCUUUGGGGCUGGAUAACCUACGGGUCGUGAAGGAGAAUCUUUCGUGUUUGCGGGACGAGGGUGCGUCGUUGACGUGCGUGGUAGCGAGAGGCAGUCAGGCAGGUUGGUUUCUCACUCGGGAGAGCGGGGAGCUACCGGUGUGCUACGAUGCAAAGGGAUGCGGGUGCGACCAGAGGCGGUACACGUCCAAUCAGUUGAGGCGGAGCUACUUGGUGUUGAAGGUGGGGGUUCUUCAGGGCAGGGAGUGGCGUGACCAUGUUGCGGUUGCGCUUCUGUCGGAGGAAGCGGUUUGUGUAGCGGAGGCGGUAGCGCGGAGCUGUUGCCAGAUCGUUGGUGGUGGUGGAGACGCCGCACAGCUAGCGUCUGCGAUGAGUGGAGCGUUCAGGGCGCUGGACGAUGGGGCGUUCUCGUCGGGCGGCGGAUACAGCUGUAGAUUGGACUUCCUCUGCAAGCCAUGUUCCGAAGUUCCUCGCAAACGGCGCCAGUUUAUAUGGUUGGUGAGGUUUAUUGGAGUGCGGCCCUGGGGAGAGAAGCACUGGUUUGGAGGUGUUACUCUGGCUGUGGGCGAUGUCUGUCCCGCAAAAGAGCCGUGGCUGCGGUGCAGGUUGAUCGCGUAGAGCGGACGCGGAGGUUGUCGCUCUUGUUGAGCAAGUUGCGUGUUCCUAGGGGACCGUGUUGCAGGGUGACCGUGUUGCUAGCAGAGAUUGCUUUUUUAAAGUUAUAGGGUU